AUGGGUCUGUUGACCUCCCUGCCGAAGCUACCCCUCGUGGGGUCGAUCCUCAUAGUCCUCUGCUCGCUCUUCACCCCGGCGACCGCCUACACCGAGCUCGGCGACGAGGCCCUGCGCGCGAUUCCCUCGGGCGGCGACAGUUUCGAUAUCAACACGGGCUCGCUGCUGGCGCCCAUUCUGAUCCCCCGCGUCCCCGGCACCCCGGGCUCCGCCAAGGUGCAGCAGCACUUCGUCGACUUCUUUCGCGCCAAUCUGCCCGAGUGGAUUAUUGAGUGGCAUAACUCGACAUCGAAGACGCCUGCAACCGGCAACAAGGACAUACCCUUCACCAACCUCAUCUUCCGCCGCGACCCACCUUGGGCCAAGGGAGGGGAUGUCGAGUACCUGACGCUCGUCGCGCACUACGACAGUCUGUACCAUCCAGAAGGGUUCAUUGGCGCGAUUGACAGUGCUGCGCCCUGCGCGAUGCUGCUGCAUGCGGCGCAGAGCAUUGAAGAGGCGUUGGUGAAGAAGUGGAAGGCCAUGGAGGCGUCCGGCGACGCUGGUAGCGGGCUCGAGGAGGAGAAGGGCGUUCAGAUCAUCCUGCUUGAUGGCGAAGAAGCGUGGGUGUCGUGGACCGAGACAGAUUCGCUUUAUGGAGCUAGCCUCAGGGCCCUGGCCAAAAGCUGGGAGGAUACUGUCCACCCGCACUCUUUGUAUAAAUCGCCACUCUCGUCCAUCAGUCUCUUCCUCCUUAUCGACCUCCUUGGCGCCCCUAACCCACGGAUACCCUCGUACUUCCCAACAACUCACUGGGCAUACAAGAAGAUGGCAAAGAUCGAGCAUCGCAUGCGCGAACUCGGCGUUCUCGAGACCAAGCCGAAGCACCCCUUCCUGACAGACAGGAAGAAGGAAAAGGUGGGCUUCGGCGGGGGUUAUGUCCUGGACGACCACGUGCCCUUUAUGGAGCGCGGUGUUGAGAUCCUGCACAUCAUCCCAACACCUUUCCCCGAUGUAUGGCACAAGAUCGAGGACGACGGAGAGCACCUGGAUCUGCCGACGGUACGGGAUUGGGCACGUAUCCUGACUGUAUUUGCCGCGGAGUGGAUGGACUUAGACGAGCACCUGCCCAAGAGAGCAGAGAGUGAGGCCGUCGGUGGGCCAAGCGAUUUCCGGGACGAACUCUGA